GCUCUUCCUCUUCAGAUCCCUUUCCUUUCCCCCUCCAGCCCGGCUUCCCUGUUGGGUCACUUAGCCUGUUCCCCCUAUCAAGGGAUCUACCAUGUGCCAAGCACUGUCCUAGGCACUGGGGACACUACAGGCCCUUCCAGGUCUCCAGGUCCACGAGCCUGGCCGGAAUGAAGUUCAGAGGGGGGAAUAUAGCGGCUGCGCUGGGAGGACAGAACACAGGCUAGCGGCUGCCCUCAACAAGCUUAUCCUCUAGUCAAUGGCCGGAGAAGGAAUGUGUAAAUUGCUGAAGACAUCAGCCAUAGGAAGUCACGUGGGGACGGGAAGCAGAAACGACUGGGAGAUCAGGAAAGGCCCCAUCUGUGGAGGCAGUGCCGCCUGAGCUGAGCCUUGAGGGGACCUAGGGAUUCCCCAAGUUAGAGGGAAGGAAGGAGAGAAUUCCAGCCAGGCACAGCCUGUGCAAAGGCAUGGAGGUGGGCAGUGCUAUGUCCUGUUUGGGGAGUCUGUUCCUUCUGUCUGCCUUUUUCCUUCAUGCCUCAGUUCCCUAGGAAGCCUUUCUGGGUAUUUCCUACGUGUUCAGGUAUAUUUAAGAGGGGAGGGAGUAACCCCACCCUGCUGUGUCCCCCAGCCCCAUCCCUCUCUGUCCUGGCAGGUACGGUGACUAAGGGCCUGGCCAGCAGCUUUGUUGAUUGAUUUCUGAAUCUAGUGCCUGCAGCCCCUAGAGUUCUUAAUUCAUCAUGGCUCCCUGUCUGCUCCAAGGACUCUGGAGCAGCCAGCCCCCGCUGGCCGAUCCCCAGGGAACACUGGCUGUGCGGCGGGUGGGCCAAGGGAGGCGCCCCUGACUACUCCCCGGGCCAAUGGGCCGAUGUUUCCUCCAGGUCCCAAGGAACAUGACUACGGAGCAUCAGACAAGCGUGGGCCUCUCCUUUGCGUCGUCCCCUGCGCAGACCCAGGGUACACCAGGAUUCAUCCAGGAUGUCUGGGACAAGAUUCCCUUACCUCCAUGGCUACUCAUCACUGUCCUUGUGGGAGCUGCCCUCCUGCUGGUCUCCUGCCCACUCUGCAUUGUCUGCUGCUGCUGCCGCUGCUGCCGGAGACGAAGGAAGAAGGGGGCGAAGGAGACCGUGGACCUGGGCAGGGCCUCAAACUCUACCAGUACCCACCUGGUGCAGCCUGAUGUAGAUGACGUGGAGCUGGGGCUGCAGGGCCCGAAGAGGGGCCGGCUGCAGGUCUCCCUGGAGCACAACUUUCGCAGCCAGGAGCUGAGGGUCGGCCUGAAGCAGGCGGCCGAUCUGAAGGCCCCGCAGGCCGCUGGUGUGAUUGACCCCUACGCCAGGAUCUACCUGACCUCAGACCCCCAGAAGAUUCAUGAGACCAAGGUGCAUCGGCAGACGCUCAGCCCCGUUUUCAAUGAGAGCUGUGUCUUCCAGGUGUCCCAAGCUGAGCUGCCCGAGGCCAUGCUGGUGAUCCAGGUCUUGGACUUUCACCGCUUCUCCCCCCACGCCUCCGUGGGGGAGCUCCUGAUUCCCCUGGGCACCAGUGACCUUCACCACGUCCUGGAGCAGUGGUACGAGCUGGGGCCACCAGGCCGGGCCCAGCAGGAGCAGAUGGGGGAGCUGUGCCUCUCUCUCCGCUACGUCCCCAGCACGGGGAGGCUGACGGUGGUGGUCCUGGAGGCUCGAGGCCUACGGCAGGGGCUGGCAGGCUUCUAUGUGAAGGUUCAGCUCCUCCUGAACAGGAAAAAGUGGAAGAGAAAGACGAGUGUGAAGGGAAACACAUCCAGCCCCUACUUCAAUGAAGCCUUCACCUUUCCCGUGCCUUUCAGCCAGAUCCAGAAAGUGGACCUGCUGGUGUCCCUCUGGGGCCGCAGCAGCAUGUCGAGGGGGGAGCCCUUGGGGAAGCUCCUCCUGGGCUGCCGAGCCACCGGCCACCAGCUGCACCACUGGUCGGACAUGCUGGCCCACGCCCGGCGGCCCAUAGCCCAGUGGCACAGGCUGCAGUGCUCUGAGGAGGUGGGCAAGGCACUCCAGCUAAAGAAGGGCCUGAGGCUCCCUCUGCCCGGCUCCUAG